GGGGGAAGGAGGGAGAGCUGAGGCAAGCCGACCCCCAGGAUGCCCUUCCUAUAGAUCAGACUGGAGGUGAUGAGGGCCUGCCCCAGGGAAGUUGGCCAGGAGAGAGGGGAGGCUUGCAGAGUUGUUCCGGGCCCCUGGGCCAGAGUAAUUCCUCAGACCCUCCAGGGUGACAGCUCCCUUCCCUGGAAAGACACCACCACCCUGGGCCCCUUCCUCCAAAGUCUCAGGUCUGGUGAUGAUAAGAAAAUUCAGCCCGAUGAGAAGUUCAAGGAAUUGCUGGGAUGAGCCUGUGGUGGUGAACCUACAGCACACCUGCCAGAGAGGCACACAGGGCCCUCUCCGUGAUGCCCCAGCUCAGAGUUCAGUACUAGCCAGAGGGCCAUGGGGCUGGGCUGCUCCCCUCCCCCUCUCCACAGGCACCCAAGGACAGUCCCAAGAGAAGGACAACUUGGGUACAGGAUGUAGACAUGAAAGGUGCUACCAUAAGCAAACAGGGGAACCCAGAACGGUUUCCCUGUGUGAUCCCGGAAGCAGGAAGGAAUUUAAGACCAAAGAAGAGAUGGAGAGCAUUAGAGGAUGUCCAAUGGACCGGUUUGACUCAAAUUGAAACAAGGGAAGGGAAGGGAAGCAGAAGGGGGGUGGCAUUGUACAGCAAGUAUCUCUGCUCCAGGCCUCCUUUCUCAAACAGGUGACCACCUGAGUCAAAUUUAGAAAAAUCUGGCAUUUUCCAAUUGAUAAAUGGUCAAAGGAUCUGAACGGCAGUUUUCUGAAGAGAUCAAAGCUGGCUGUAGUUGUGAGAAAAAGAGGUUCUAAAUCACUCUGACCGCCUUAUGAUUGGCCCAUGUGACAGAAAAGGCAAAUGAGAAAUGUUGGAGGAAAUUUGAGGAAGAUUGGGAUGCUGGUGCAUUGUUGGUGGAGUUGGGAACCCAGCCAACCAUUCUGGUGAGCAAUUUGGACCUGCGCCCCAAGGGCUCCAAAGCUGUGCAUCCCUUUGAUUGGGCAAUCCCUCUACUGGGGCUGGACCAAAGAGAUCAAAGAAAAAGGGAAAAGGGCCUGUUUGGACAAGUAUAGAUCUGGCAGCUUUUUGUGCUGGCAACGAAUCGGAAACGGAGGGGCGGCCACACGAACCGUGGCCCGUGGCUGUGCUUCUAGAAAUGACGGAGAGGCUGAUUUCGGAAAAGCCUGGAUGGAGGAGGCAAAGUGAAGCGAGAAGAACCAGCCUGUGGGAUGGCGCCACGGCACUCCUGGGCAGCCACGCGCGGGGGAUGGCCUCGCUCCUCUCAGUGGUGCAGCCAGAUUCAGGAUGAGCCGCGUGUGCUGCUCACGCCGUUGCCCUCCCGCACCAUCUCGAAUCUGGAGCUCAAGAUCAGGAAGAGACAGGGACAGCCUGUUUGGGCACGUGAUUUGGGGAAAUGAAAUACCAUUAAAAGUCGAAAAGUGUAGCUUUUGGGGGCCUCGCACGGAUCCAGAGGAGGGACUCGGCCUCCUUCGGGGGGAUGGAACUGGGAGGGAAGCGAGCUAGAGCCGCCCGGGCGUGAGGGCGCAGCAGAGGACUCCGACAUCCCGUGGUUACCUCCGUGUCUGCCUCUGGGCUCACUGUCCCAGGAUGCCAUGGGGCGGGGGUGGGCCUCUCAGAAGAAUGUCUCCUGCCCAUACUUUUUAUCCUUUUAUGGGGCCUUUGCAAAAGACUUGGGUCUACAGGCCGCCUGCUGGGGGGCGCCUCAGGAGCCCACUGGGUGCCAAUGAUGAGUCCCGGGGUGCCAGGCUCUGUGCUGGGCACGGGGCGGUGCCUGUCCUCUCGGGGAUUGCGUUCUAGAGACAGCCCUGUGCAGGCAGGGGGGAGAAGAGGCUGGCCGACCAGAGGAGGGAGAUGGCCGACAACUGGGCGGGGAGAUCGUGGCAGGCUUCACGGAGGAAGGGGCACAGAGCUGGGCAGGCGGAGGGACUGGACCAACCACCGUCUGCUCCUGUGUAAAAUGGUCCCGAUGUUGCCUGGAGUCAAGAAGACCCGAGUUCAAAUUCAGGCUCAGACACUUCCUAGCUGGGUGACCCUGGGCCAGUCACUGACUCUGUUUGCCUCAGUUUCCUCAUUUGAACCACCCUAGUGUCACUGCCAUGAAUAUCCCAAAGGGGACAUGACGGACGGGGCGUAGAACAUGCCGGGCACUGUGCCAAGCCCUGCGAGAAGCCGGGGGAGGGGUCCCUCCAGCCAGGACCGCCCUCGCCCGCGGUCUCUCUGGCCUCCCUUUGAGGCCAGAACCCUCCUGGCUCUGCUGGGGUCUGGGGGGAGCCGGGGAAGGCGCUUUGGCCCGGCUGGCGGAGGCCGCCUUCCUCGGCCCCUGCUGGCCGCUCCGGCUCCGGCUGCCCUCUGCCUGGUACGCCGGCCCCGUGGCUGGGGCUGCCCGGCACAUAGUAGGUCCUUUACAACCCGCUUGCGGAAUGUCCUUCUGGGGGACGGAGGAAAGAAUUGGGGCCUAAGCGUGUUCUAAGCGUGUUCCGGGGCAGGAAAGGCACCGGGAGGGAGCCUGGGAGGCCCCCGGGGAAAGCCGGUCCUCCCAGCGUGGCUGUAGCGCCUCCUAAGGGCUGGGCUUCACAGUGCGGCUAGAAGUGGGCCUCAGUCAGCUGCAGACCCUGGCCAAGGCACAGCUCCGUUUGCCUUAGUUUCCUCCUCUGUAAAAUGGGCUGGAGAAGGAAGUGGCAAAUAAGUCCUGCAUCUCCGCCAGUGGGUGUCUGUGGAGGGACUUGAAUUCGGUGCUGGUGGAUUCCAGCUCCAGGCUCAGCCUCAGUUUGGGGGCCUGUGCAAUGGGCGCAUCCAAGCACUGCAUUCCUCACAUUCCCGCCCCCGCGGGGCAGGUGCCUUCUCUGGGGAGGGCGGGGCUGAGGGGGGCCGCCCCUCCCCUUGUCCCCGCCCCUCCCCUCGUGCCUGGGGCUCCUGGGAGGGAGGGAGGCUCACACGGAAGUCCCAGCUCGGAGCUCCAGAAGCACCUGAGGAGGCCCCCAUCAUGCAGGGGGCUGAGGAGGAGGCCCAGACCAUGUCCGAGUCCGACAGUUUCCCGCUGGAGGAGUUUGGGCAGCUCCAGGGCUGGCGUGAGGCAGGCAGCAGGUGCUUACUGGAUGCGCGCUCCCCUUCUUUCUCCCUCCGGCAGGCCUCAGAGGCCUGGGACUUGGUCCUGGUGUCGGACCUUGAGAAGAGCAACCCCGGCCGGGCCUAUCGCCGGAAGCGCUUCCUGCAGGAGCUCAAGCACUCGGGCUUCACCAUCAAGGAGAUCGAGGACAGGAAGAAGCUGUUCUACGGCCUCAGGGCGCCCGGCAGCAUCUUCCGCCGAUACAGGCUGCUGCUGAAGGAGGCCGGCUGCUCCUCGGCCCAGGCAGCGCUGCGGGGACCCGCGUACCCCACCGCCGACCGAAUCCGCAUCGUCUACUUCAUCCUGCGGAAGAAGGAGGUGGAUGGGGAGAAGUUCGACGAUCUGAUGAGGGACGACGUGUUCGAGGCUAUGUUUCCUCUCCACGAGAGGGCAGAGCUGCUGCAGAAUCACUGGGCGCGCUGGAGGGGCCUCUUCCACAAACAGCCCAUCGACAAGAUCAGGGCCUACUUCGGGGAGAAGGUGGCCUUGUACUUCGCCUGGCUGGGCUGGUACACGGUGAUGCUGGUGCCCGCGGCCGGCGCCGGCCUCCUCGUCUUCCUCAGCGGCUUCUCCCUCUUCGACGCCAGCCAGAUCAGCAAAGAGGUCUGUGAGGCCAGAGAGGUCAUCAUGUGCCCGCUGCAAGACCAUCAGCGCCAGUACUGGAGGCUGUCCGAGAUCUGCACCUUCGCCAAGCUCACCCACCUCUUCGACAACGAGGGCACCGUGGUCUUCGCCAUCUUCAUGGCCCUGUGGGCCACCGUGUUUCUGGAGUUCUGGAAGCGGGAGCGGGCGCGGACGGCCUCCAGCUGGAAGCUCUACGGCUGGGACGAGGACCAGGAGGAGCUGGCCUUGGAGCUGAUCAACAACCCCGGCCACCAGCUGCAGAAGCACCAGCACUCCUACCUGCACAGCGGCGCCAUCCUCGUCUUCUCCCUGCUCAUGAUCUGCCUGCUGAUCGGCGUGGCCCACGCCCUCGUGGUCUACCGGGUCAUGGCCACCUUCCUGUUCAGCCACUCGGCCCUGCCCUUCCUGGAGCGGCAGCUGACUACGGCCGUGGUGGUCACCGGAGCCCUGGUGCAUUACGUCACCAUCGUCAUCAUGACCAAGGUGAACAGAAUGGUGGCUCUGAAGCUGUGCGACUUCGAGAAGCCGCGGACGUUCUCGGAGCGGGAGAGCAACUUCACCAUCAAGUUCUUCACGUUCCAGUUCUUCGCCCACUUCUCUUCCCUCUUCUACAUCGCCUUCUUCCUGGGCAGGAUAAACGGGCACCCGGGGAACCAGGUCCGGAUCGGUGGCCAGUGGAGGCUGGAAGAGUGCCACCCGAGCGGCUGCAUGAUGGACUUGUUUGUACAAAUGGCCGUCAUCAUGGGCCUGAAGCAGACCCUCAGCAACUGCGUGGAGUACCUGAGCCCGUGGCUGAAGGUCCGCCUCAGGAGGGUCCGAGAGUGUCCCCAGGCCAGGAGGCCGGCAGAGCCGAGCCUGGAGCAGUGGCUGCACAACUACUGCCUCAACCAAGUCAACGUCUUCAGCCUGUUUGACGAAUUCAUGGAGAUGAUGAUCCAGUACGGCUUCACCACCAUCUUCGUGGCCGCCUUCCCGCUGGCCCCGCUCCUGGCGCUCUUCAGCAACCUCAUAGAGAUCCGCCUGGACGCCAUCAAGAUGGUGCGGCUGCAGCGCCGCCUGGUGCCGCGGAAGGCCAAGGACAUCGGGACCUGGCUGCUGGUGCUCGAGGCCAUCGGGGUGCUGGCGGUCAUCGCCAACGGGAUGAUCAUCUCCUUCACGUCCGAGUUCAUCCCGCGGCUCGUGUACAGGCACCUGUACGGGCCCUGCAGCCGGCCGGCCAACGCCACGGCCGACUGUCUGACCGGGUACGUGAACCACAGCCUGUCCGUGUUCCACACCGCCGACUACCAGGACCCGGUUCCGAGCCUGGGGCGGGAGAACGUGACCCAGUGCAGGUACCGGGACUACCGAGACCAGGUGGAAUACAAGCACUCGGCGCACUUCUGGUUCCUCCUGGCCUGCAGGCUGGCCUUCCUCAUCCUCUUUGAGCACGUGGCCCUGUGCGGGAAGCUCGUGGCUGCCUGGUUUGUCCCGGAUGUGCCCCAGUCAGUGAAAAACACAGUCCUGGAGGACAAAUUUGAGAAUCUCUGUGAGAAACUGCGCCUCAGCUCCAGAGUCACAGACGUGUAGAGGCCGGAAGGAGGGUUGGACGCACCUAAGGGUGCCCAAAGCGGCCUCUGCCCGGUGCGGGUGCCCAGCUGGGGGCCUGGGAAAUGGGGCACCCCUCCCUCCGAGGGGUCCCUGGGUGCCAACCCUCUUCUCCCUGUUCUGCAUCCCAUAAUAAAGCCAUUUUUUAAA